UUUUUCUCUCGGCUUGGUUUUGGUCAAAUAUUUUUAAAGGCCCGCAGUAAUCAACCCCCACAGAAAGGAAAGGGCGCAAUAAUUCCACUCUUUCGGAAGGUAGUGGCGGGAAGGGAGGUGGGUCAAAUGGUUUGGCAACGAACCGACGGCAAGGUAGACAGGAUUUAUAAAUAACUUGGGACACGAUUUUUCUCCCUUUCGGUAGCCAAUACUUCCUUCUGAUCAUAGAGAGAGUUAAUAGUGGGCUGGAAUGGUGAUUCAAUAGGUGAUAUUCAUAAACAAUUAAUUUAGUAAGGGGGGAAUGGGAUGGAAGGUAAAUUGGUUCAAUCGUAUCAUCGGGAAGGUUACUGUGGCCUAGCCUGCCUUUGGCUCUCAAAAUUCCAUCGUUGUCGAGAAAAAGUCCCAAUGAUUCGUUGUCUCUAUCUGGUGGAGGUAGUAUUUGUUGUUCUUGUUUAA